AUGGUAGUUAGGCGUCUUAUUAGGAAGAAAGAAUGUUGUCCUGGUUUCACAUGUGAUUAUGUUAUUGGUGAAGAUAGAAGAUUGAAAGGACUUUUCUGGGCUGAUGAGCAAUCAAAAACAAAUUAUACAGUGUUUGGUGACAUAGUUGGUUUUGAUGCUACUUAUAAAUCAAACAAAUAUGAUUUGGUUUUUGUACCAUUUACUGGGAUUGAUAAUCAUUUUCGGAAUGUCACAUUUGGUGGUGCAUUACUUGUUGUUACCGAUCAAGAUGCUGCAAUGAAGAGAGCUAUUAAGGAUGUACUUUCAAGAAGUAGGCAUAGGUUAUGUAUGUGGCAUAUAUGGGAGAAAUUGAAGACAAAGGUUGGUCCUGUUUUGUUAGCAAACAUUGAUUUUAAUACAAGAAUGACUCAUAUUGUUUGGAAUGAUACUAUUAUUCCAGAAGAUUUUGAAACUGAGUGGCAUUCAAUAAUGUCUACUUUUGGAUUGGGAAAUCAUGAGUGGUUAAAAGAUAUGUACGAUCUUCGAUUUGAUUGGAUUCCCGCUUAUUACCAUGGAGAGAAUUUGGCUGGUCUUAUGCGUACUACGUCUAGAUGUGAAAGCGAGAAUUACUUCUUUGGUCAGAUUUGCAAUCCAAGAUGUACACUUGUUGAAUUUUUCACUCAUUUUGAGACUGCAAUGAAUAUUCAAAGGCAUGAGCAUAGGAGGAAUGAUCAUGAUACAAGAAGGGAUUUGAAUCUUUACAUAGGAGAGUAUGAUGCAGAAAUGGUAGUUAGGCGUCUUAUUAGGAAGAAAGAAUGUUGUCCUGGUUUCACAUGUGAUUAUGUUAUUGGUGAAGAUAGAAGAUUGAAAGGACUUUUCUGGGCUGAUGAGCAAUCAAAAACAAAUUAUACAGUGUUUGGUGACAUAGUUGGUUUUGAUGCUACUUAUAAAUCAAACAAAUAUGAUUUGGUUUUUGUACCAUUUACUGGGAUUGAUAAUCAUUUUCGGAAUGUCACAUUUGGUGGUGCAUUACUUGGUUCUGAGACUGCAGAUUCUUAA